GCUGAGGCUGCGACGUCGAGUUUGGAACGUCUGCGUGCGGCUGGUUUUGUGGCGGCCGUUGCUAGAGGUGGAGCGUUUCCUGGGUUGGUGGCUCCUGCACAUUUGUACAGUUCUCGGGUCCUUCUCUUUCGGAAGAACUUGGAUUCUCAAUAAUAUCAAUAUUGGUUAUGGUGAUGACUAUGUACAGCCUGUGAACAUGGAACAUGCAACAAAGCACAGGUCCAGGUUGUUUGCUACAAGUCAAGUGUGAUGUCAGAAGAUUAAACUGUACAGAAGAAUGCAACCAAGUAAUGGCUUUUUCUUAGAAUUUGAAUAUGGAGGCCACGGGAACAGAUGAAGUUGACAAGCUAAAAACUAAAUUUAUAUCAGCAUGGAACAACAUGAAAUAUAGUUGGGUUUUGAAAACAAAGACAUAUUUUAGUAGAAAUUCUCCAGUUUUAUUGCUUGGAAAAUGUUACCAUUUUAAAUAUGAAGAUGAAAAUAAAGUGUUACCUUCAAAAUCAGCAUGUACAAUAGAAGAUCGCAUAAUUGCAGGAAAUGUAGAAGAAUUUCGGAAAGAUUUCAUUUCUAGAAUAUGGCUGACCUACAGGGAAGAAUUUCCUCAAAUAGAAGGCUCAUCUUUGACAACAGAUUGUGGUUGGGGAUGUACGUUGAGAACUGGCCAGAUGCUACUGGCUCAAGGACUCAUACUACACUUUCUUGGUAGAGCUUGGACCUGGCCUGAUGCAUUGAAUAUUGAAAAUUCAGAGUCUGAAUCAUGGACUUCCCACACUGUAAAAAAAAUUACAUCAUCAUUUGAAACAUCGCUUUCAGGGGAAAGAGAACCUGAAACACCAACAAUUUCUCUGAAGGAAACAAUUGAGAAAUGUCCUAAUGAUCAGGAGAUGCAAAAUGAAAUUUUUCACAGGAAAAUCAUCUCUUGGUUUGGUGAUUCCCCAUUGGCUGUCUUUGGCUUACAUCAGUUAAUAGAGUAUGGAAAGAAGUCUGGGAAAAGUGCUGGAGAUUGGUAUGGGCCAGGUGUUGUUGCGCACAUUUUAAGAAAAGCAGUCGAAGAAGCAAGACACCCUGAUUUACAAGGAAUAACUAUUUAUGUUGCACAAGAUUGUACAGUUUACAGUUCUGAUGUAAUUGAUAAACAGAGUGCUUCCAUGACCUCUGAUAAUGCAGAUGACAAAGCUGUUAUUAUUUUAGUUCCUGUUAGACUCGGUGGAGAAAGAACCAACACCGACUACCUAGAGUUUGUGAAGGGUGUUCUGAGCCUUGAAUAUUGUGUGGGUAUUAUUGGUGGCAAACCUAAACAGUCAUAUUACUUUGCUGGAUUUCAAGAUGACAGUUUGAUUUACAUGGAUCCUCAUUACUGCCAAUCUUUUGUAGAUGUCAGCAUAAAGGAUUUUCCUCUUGAGAUGCUGAAGAUUUCUUCYAAGGAGAAAUAUCCCUUAUUUACUUUUGUAAAUGGUCAUUCCAGAGACUUUGACAUUACAUCUACCACAACCAAUGAAGAAGACCUUUUCUUAGAGGAUGAGAAGAAAAGAUUAAAAAGAGUCAGCACAGAAGAGUUUGUCCUACUAUAAAGAAGAGAACAUUUGUGCCCUUUGAAAAGAACACUGAAAGGGGAAGAUGAAGAGGAACAAGUACAUUUGAAAGUGUUUGUUUUCACAGAUAUCUUAAUUUUGUAUGUUCUUUAAAAAUGAAACAUUUGAAAAUAUAUAAAUUUAAAGAUAUUUUUCUGAAAGAGAAAUGAUUUAAUGAAUAUUGCUUUCUAAUAUAUAUUAAGCAAUUCUGAUUGCAUUCCUAUUUCUGUAACUCUCUAGUGAAACACUACUUUCACUGUAAGCCUUUUCUUCAUUCUUGCAUCUGAGCCCAUUGUUCUCCUGAAAGUUUUAUGGCAUAGACCCCUUCAAAGAUUGGAUACACUAGAUAGCUUCAAAAAAACUCAGUUUGUAUUAACAAUCAGAAGACCAGAGAAUGAAUUUUAGUGCUACCUAAGCCUCCUGCUAUUAGUGCAACCAGAGGCUACUUUUGGAUAUAUAUUAAUAAUUAGAUAGUAUUUGCUACCUAUGAUGUACAUAUAAUUAUAAAUAAGCAGAAUUCUGAGUUAAGGUAAUACCAAGCAAUAUGAUUUUAUAAUGGUUAUUUGUUUGUGCUUGCUUUUUAGUCUUUUAUGAAUAGUAAAUAUAAACAAUUGAUUUUUCCCAUGAAUUUAAAGGUUAUGUUAUUAAUAAAACUGCAUCCAUUCAAAUCAGAUAAAGGAAAUUAUAAAAUAGCAAUAGUGCUUGCUUCCUAUCUCAAGAAUGAAAUUUUAUGAGAAUUUAACUUAAUAUGCAGUUUUUAAAUCUAAGAUAAGUACCAUAAAGAUAACAAUAGAUCCUCCUCUGGUUUUGCUGUUUGUAUACAGCAGUAUAUUAGUGUUUAGAAGCCAAGGCCAUUUUCAAGGUAAAUCUGCCUUAAGUGCAUUAUACGUUACUUAAAGGUAAAUUUGUGAUAUAAAAAUCCAGGACUUAUUGUUGAGCCAGGAUUAUAAACUAAAUAAUAAAGAUGUGAGAACAUAAAAGGCCUUUGUUUUGGUUUUAAUGUUGGGAUUGUUUUAAUCCUUUCAUUUGAAAAAUCAUUAUCUCAAGUGAAUUCUAUUUAUUUAUAAUGAUAGCAAAUAAUAUUGUUGUUCUGAAAACAAAAUAUUAACUUAUUUUAUAGAGAUUCUGUUUUUCAAUGUGUAAUGGUGACUCAUUAUAAAGAUGUAAAAUUUUGCAUCAUCUAAAGCCAUUGAUCUAUUCUAUCAGGAGAGUCUAUUUAUUUGGAAUUGCAUGUAAAGUUGAAACAGGGUGGGCACAUUGCUUUCCUAUGCCUGAGGGGAGAAAUCAGAUUUGACAUU